AUGCCUCAGCAACCCGCCGCCGCCUCCAGCCUGAAGGACCUCUUCUCCCUCAAGGGGAAGGUGGUCGUCGUCACCGGAGCCUCGGGCCCCAAGGGCAUGGGCAUUGAGGCUGCACGAGGAUGCGCCGAGAUGGGAGCCGACGUGGCCAUCACAUACGCCUCCCGCAAGGAGGGCGCCGAGAAGAACGUCGAGGAGCUGACCAAGGAGUACGGCACCAAGGUCAAGGCUUACAAGUGCAACGUGGGCGAGUACCAGCAGUGCGAGGAUCUGGUGCAGUCGGUGCUCAAGGACUUUGGCCAGAUUGACGCCUUCAUCGCCAACGCCGGCGCCACAGCCAACAGCGGCAUCAUCGACGGAUCCAAGGAGGAGUGGGACCGUGUGAUCAACACGGACCUGAACGGCACGGCGUACUGCGCCAAGGCGAUCGGGCCGGUGUUCAAGAAGCAGGGUCACGGGUCGCUGGUGAUCACGGCGUCCAUGUCGGGCCACAUCGCCAACUUCCCACAGGAGCAGACGUCGUACAACGUGGCCAAGGCCGGCUGCAUCCACAUGGCGCGGUCGCUGGCCAACGAGUGGCGCGACUUUGCCCGCGUCAACGCCAUCUCGCCCGGCUACAUCGACACCGGCCUCAGCGACUUUGUCGAUAAGAAGGUCCAGAAGCUUUGGCACGACAUGAUCCCCAUGGGCCGCGACGGCCUGGCCAAGGAGCUCAAGGGCGCCUAUGUCUACCUUGUGUCUGAUGCCAGUACCUACACCACUGGUGCCGACCUUGUCAUUGACGGUGGCUACACCUGCCGCUCGAGUCAAAAAGUCGGCAGCGUUAACGUCACCGUUGCCGUCACUGUCAGUGUCUCCGUCAUAGUCACCGUUACAAAACACAAACGGGAGCAUCGCAUCAUCAACCCUUGCCACUUCAAGCUCAAUUUCCUCCCAACAAGUGAAGCUUCCACCACCCAUCAACCAUUCCAAUUGAGCCACGACAGCCCCUCCCAAAAUUCACAGAGGCGGAGCAGACAACAAGUCACUCGCAGACCCUUGAUGCCCCUUCGCCUUCGCCCCUCCUCGCUCGCGACCACCGUUUCUAGACGGCUCAACAACCUCAGCAACCACCUCCCCUCCCCGCCCUCGCGCCCCUUCACAAUGACGACCAAGACGCAAGAACCCGUCAUAACCUCCAUCGACGACCUGCCCAUCACCGAGUCGAAAUGGGUCACCCUGAAAAAGAUCUCCUACACCGACCAGACGGGCAAGGCGCGCACCUGGGAGGUCGCAACACGCAAGACCCGCUCCGAGAAAGCCGGCGUCGACGCCGUAGCAAUGGGCAACAUCCUACUCCCACCGCCCUCACAAAAAGCCACCCGGCCCGCCUCGACCCUGCUGGUGAUCCAGUACCGCCCGCCGCUGGACGCAUACACGGUGGAGUGGCCAGCGGGGCUGAUCGACGCGAACGAGGAAGCCGAGACGGCGGCGGUGCGCGAGUUCCGCGAGGAGACGGGCUACGAGGUGUCGAAAGUGCUGAGCGUGAGCCCGCCGCAGGCGGCCGACCCGGGCAUGACGAACGCCAACAUGCAGCUCGUCAUGGUCGAGGUGCAGCUGCCCGAGGGCGAGGAGAUGCCCGAGCAGCGGCUCGAGGACGGCGAGCACAUCACGCGUGUUGUGGUGCCGCUCUCCGAGCUGUACACGCGGCUGGUCGAGUACUCGCGUAAGGAGAGGCAUGUUGUUGCUGCGAAGCUGUUGCAUUUUGCGCAGGGCAUGGAGUUUAUGAAGGAGCAGAAGUACUUCUAG